ACAGAGAACACAGAAGCUGAAGCCGAAACAGGACAAACUUUUCGUUUUACAAAAGUUUUAUUUUACACACUUUUUCCACCCAGUUCCCGUGCUCGCGUAAAAUUAUGAAAAAUAUGUGAAAAAUGUGCAGAAUCCACAAAAUACUCGUACAAGAAGAGCAGCAACAAAGGCAACACAAACAGCAACAACAUUAGCUGGCAGGCCCCUGACAUAGGUCAAGCCACUCGGAGCAGUAAGGGGAAAUUUUUCUGGUCUGUCCCGAAAUCCCCUGACGUUUCUUUUCCACUCUGCGAGCGCCAGUGGCAGUGCCAGUGUUCGUGACUGUGUGUGGGAGAAGUAGUGCGGGAAUCCCUGUAACGUGCUAAAAUUAGCUAAUUUAUUGCUCAGACAACAACAAUCACAACCAACAAGAAACCAACAGAAACAGAAACAACAAACGCUUGCUUGGCAGUCAUAACAUUUGCCGUGCUGCUGCUGCUGGUCCAUGCCCCAAAGCUCCACUGCAGGACUCUGAGUAGCCAGUUUGGACGUCACAGACUGAAGCAGAUAGAAACCAAAUACAAUUGACAUUUAUUGGCCAAUAUAUAUUUAUAAGGCCCGAACGGAAGUGGCCGAAAACCCCGAAAGGAGCCAGAGAAUAGCCACACAGACUGGAGACUGGCUAUAAAAGAGAAGCAAAGAUAGGAAAAAUAUCUAUUUCAAUGCUGUCGAAGCUGCAUAAAAACUGUCCAACGACAGGCCAAGGGGCAGCUCCUCCUCCACGCCACAUGCAAAUGUCCGCAAGGAUAGCGGCGAGUGGGAAGCGGACGGCUACGAUGCCAUCGCACCGACAACAAACUGGGCGUGGCUGCAUCUGCUGGCUGGCCGUGAUCGGACUCCUCGUGCUGGUGCCUGAUUUUAUUGCGGCACUCAAGGAUGUCUCCGUAAUGAUACCACAGGCAGUGAAACGUGGCAGCAACGCCCUGUUCACGUGUAAUUACGAUAUGGAAAACGAUACUCUAUAUUCGGUGAAAUGGUAUAAGGGCAAGCGUGAGUUUUAUCGCUACACGCCCAAGGAGAAUCCGGCCAUGAAGGUCUUCGCCAUGACAAGUGGUCUCAAUGUUGAGCGGAACCUUUCGAAUCAAAGUCAUGUCGUGCUGCAGUCGGUGCCGUUGAAUAUUUCGGGCAAAUUUACAUGCGAAAUAUCCGUGGAGGCCCCCACGUUCCAGACCGCCAUGGUGUCCGGCGAAAUGGAGGUGGUUGAGCUACCGGAAGAGCACACCGUGGUCACCGGGAUACAGGCGCGCUAUCGCAUCGGCGAUUUGGUCGAUGGCAAUUGCUCAAUUAAAUACUCGAAACCGGCUGCUAAUUUGACAUGGACUAUUAAUGGUAUUGUGGUGCCACCGCAUCACAUCAAGACGUAUCAGAUUGAGAAGCAGGAGAACACCACACUGGAAUCGGUUACAAGUGCCAUACAUUUCAUGGUCACCACUCAGCAUUUUCUCAAGGGUCAGAUGAGGCUCAAGUGCACGGCCAAUAUCUUUGACAUCUUCAAGGAGGAAAUGGAGAGUGUGAUUGAGGAGGACAGACCCAGGAUAAUGGCCUCCGGCAGGUCGUACGAUAUCAACAACUAUCCCCUCGAUGAGCAUACGAAUGGCGAGAGAGGCUUCGAGGAUCACAAUGAAUCAUAUUUGACAUACUACUCGGCGGAUAAUAGUGCAUCGGGCGCAUCGACAGCUGCACAUGAAAUCUUUUGGCACGUCUGGCCAUCGAAGCUCGGGGCAGCACUUCGGAUCAGACUCCACAUCAACAGGCAGUUGGUGGGGGCGUGGCCGUGGGACGCACUCGGUGCCUGGAUUACGCCAGCAACGGGACGGGGAACAGCUCUUUUGUGUCUGCUAGGGCUGCUGGCCCAUCAAAUUAUCAACUGUCAAUACACAAAGAAAUCGACAGCAACAGCGACAGGAACAGCGAUGGGGCAGCAGCAGCAGCAGCCGCAACAGCAACAGUCGCCCGGAGUCGAAACGGAGGCUGUGACAAUGUCAAAGGCGGCAGCAUCCGCAGCUAGAGCGAGCGUCAAAUGCUUUUAUAAUUGUCAAAUGGCAAUGGCAAUGGCAACACACAGUCCCCAUCCCCGCAUGAAAAUCCCGGAGAAGAAGAAGGAUGAUGGCAAUGGGAUUCGGGAUGGGACUGUGGAGGGAGACGAUGAUGACGCGAAUGUUGCAAGUGUGGCAAAUGCCGGCGAUGAUUUAACUGCAACUGCAGCGGGAAUGGCAAAGGCAAAAGGACAGGGAAAAGGAAAGGCAGCUGCAACAGCGCCAUCUGGAGUUGGCGUUAAGCGACUGUCAGCGACACUUGUGGGCGUGGCACGGCCCUGGCUGGAUCAACGAUUAUUGAUGACUCGACGACGAAAGAUGUGGACGCCCGUUUUGGAGGGCUCCAACUGCCUCUCUUGCUGAUGUCGAAUUGAUGAUGAAAUCCAUUUCCAAAAGUAGCUUAAGGUGUUUGCCCACUUGUGCUACAGUGAAGCCUCUCUCUCCCCUUCUCCCUGUCUCCCUGUCACCCAGUCCCCACCCAACCAAUAUUUCCCUGCCCGACAAAGUGAAAAGUCGGAGGAAAUAAUUAAUAUAUAUGAAUAUUAAUUGGAAUCGCCAGCUGGAUGGCUGUAUGGCUGGGACGCUGCUUUAGUUCGUAAGUGUUAUGCAUAAGGUCAGGGCCGGAGAAGGAGCGAGAAUAAUUAAGUAUAGCCAGAACGGGGAGACCUUCAAGGAAUCAUUGAAUAAUAACAGGAAAUAUAUAGUCUUAUAUGUAUUAUUGUAAUAUGGAAAGGUGUAUGUAAUAUGCAUAUACCUAGAGGAUAAAAUCGGUAAAAUAGUAUACAAAUUCCCAAGCACAACCCAACAGUUCGAGAGAAAUGCUUGUUUGAAUUAGUAUUUAAAUAGAUCUAAAUUUAAAUUUAUAAAAAACAACUACAGCAAUCCCUUAGAUCAUUGCUUGGACACUUUGAGAACUUUCUACUGAUUGCUGGAACACCCUCACCUGCUGCGUGAAAGCCGAUAUGCUUUAUUAUAGUAGUAAUAUGUAUGUAUGUAGGAUUGAAUCUACAAAUUGCAGUUGUUUAAAUGUAAUUAUUACACUCAGUUCAAGAUUCAGUGGAUGGUUUUAUUUGCAGAAUUUGAGCAGAACUCCGCUGCACUAUUAUCAGCAAAUAAAGAUUGUAGAAAAGCUUCGAAAGCUUGAAUUCCGUAGAGAGGGGG